AUGUCGCCUCAGAGACCUUCGUUUGAUGCCCUACCUUUACGCAAAGAUGGGCCUCCAGGGAAUGCUUGGGGGAUGUUUGGCGAUCAAGAUCAGAUGGGCAUGCUCAAUCUGUUGACCCCAGAAAACACCGCCGCGGCUGCUCGCGAGAUUGUUGACGGCGUGCGUGUCUCAACAGAUUGGGCUCUCAAUAGUAUGGCGACCCCCUGCUUUGGACGGUCUUCGUUUGAGCACAUCAUCAAGCACAAGGCUCCCCGGAUAGUCAACGAUGAUAUCUUGACUUUCAAUACCCAGAGUAGUAGUCAAUGGGAUGGCUUCAGACAUUAUGGCUCAAAGCAAGGAACUUACUUCAAUGGGUGUACCCAGGACGACAUCCAAAAGUCUACUCGAAAUGGCAUCCACGUCUGGGCCGAUAACGGCGGUAUUGUUGGACGGGGUGUUCUGUUGGACUAUGUGGGCUGGGCGGCAGCGAACGGGAAAGAAGUGAAUUGCUUUGAAACCCAGUCAAUCCCGGCCUCUGUACUCCAGGAGGUAGCUGCUAGUCAGAAUACUACAUUCCGGCCAGGAGAUAUCUUGUUUAUUCGCACGGGCUGGACCCGAGCGUACGAACAGCUGUCCAAAGCGGAAUGCCAGAAACUGGCCGACUAUGCAGCACCUCCAGUGAUUGGGGUAGAAUCGUCCGAGGCCACCCUGCGCUGGAUUUGGGAUCUUGGAUUAGCCGCCGUGGCGGGAGAUAUGCCGAGCUUUGAAGCAUAUCCAUGCCAGAAUCAGGUUUUCUUUCUUCAUGAAUGGUUGCUAGCGGGAUGGGGUGUCCCGAUUGGCGAGUUAUUCGAUCUCGAGCAGCUCAGCAAGGAGUGCCGCAAGAGAGACCGUUGGACCUUUUUCUUUAGUAGCGUGCCAUUGAAGCUACUAUCGCCAACUACAAUCGCAACCUCCUGCAUCACGGGGAUAGAAGGUAGUCACCCAACGCCGUCAAGUGAGCCAUCGAUAUCCAACCGCUACUCUGAGGGGCCAUCAGAACGCGACGACUGGUGGUACAAAGGGACGGAUAAUUUGUUCUUGAAGCGGUCGGGAGAACAUCAUUUCGUGGGUGCCUCGUCUACUACACAUCUCGCCAAACGACUCAAUCCUAGCUCCACAAACCUUGCAUGGGAUGUGCGUCCACUUUACGAUGAUCCUUCAUCAUUGAGAAGACCAGUCGGGGGCUCAUUGCCUCAAUUACCACCUUUCGAGUUUGCCAAGCGACUGUUCUGGGUACAAUACGCUUACAUCGGUACCAUCUUCUCCCUUAUCAGACCCUUGGAGUUUGAAGAACGGCUGGAUCUAGUCUAUCACCAACCACUUGACUUUUCACAUCGUGAAUCUUGCCUAGUAUACUGUCAAACACUGUUGGUUAUUUCCUUUGGCUUGAUGUAUAGUGUGAACCAGUGGAUUGGCGAGGAAGGUCCUCCCGGCUUCAAAUAUUUCAAGCAUGCAUUACGUUUCUUGCCAGAUAUCCACGAAGAGGGCUCAAUUCUCUUCGUUGAGGUACUAUGCUAUGUGGCAUACUAUAUGCAGAAUCUGAAUAGGCGGGAUGCUGCCUUCCUCUACAUUGGACUUUCUCUGCGCAUGGCUAUCUCCUUAGGUCUACACCAAGAGGUAUCUGAUCUUUCAAUAAGUGAAUCAGAUCGCAACCGUCGACGUCGGGCUUGGUGGUCUGUCUACAGCUUGGACCGAAUCCUCUCUGUCAAGUCUGGUAAUCCCAUUACAAUUCACGAUGAAGACAUUGGGAUAACUUGGCCUACGGCUGUGAUGGCCACAUCAGAAAUCUACAGAAAGAAGCCUGUAUCCGGAUCUAACCUCGUUGCUUCUGUUCAGAGUAUCACAAAUGACCUCUCUGGCUGGCUGCGACAAGUGCCAGAUCGACUCCGCAUCGAUUUCAAUACACUCAAUACCCAUAUCAAUCGAGAGUCUGUCUCAAUCAACUUGCACUUCUACUCAUGUGUGAACAUGACUGCGCGCCCGUUGGUCUUUUAUAUCAUCCAACGGCGACUCGACGCGGAAGCCUUUGGAUCCACAACAGAAGACUGGAAAGAAGGGCUGGCUCCCAAUACCGUUGCCGUCAUUGACAGCUGUAUUACGGCAGCGCGAGCAACCACUUUGAUCAUGGAUGCAGCUACAAAACAUAAUCUCAUUGCUACAUAUGGAUACCUCGAUGGCGACUAUAUCUUCUCUGCUGCACUGCUGCUGGUUAUGGUGAAUGCUGCGUUUCCGCCCAAUGAAGUCAGCGCCCGGGCAAUGGAGACCGCACUGAACCUUCUUCGCGGUAUGGCAGAUCGGGGAAAUACAUAUUUGGACUCGCGUCACUCAUUACUGUUGGAAUUACGGUCGGCCAUUGGACCUAAAGCUGCUGAAGAGAAGGAUACUGAUGCGGCAAGUUCUCUCGUGGCAGGUCAAAUGGGCCCUGUGACGCCAAUGACCGAAAAUGGCGUAAAUCCAUAUGUUCUAGAUCCGGGUGCGGAGUUAGCAGCUUCAGAAGAGCUUACUUAUAACUGGCCGGAGCUGCCAGAUCUCCCUUCUUUCCGGGAUAUCGCCUUCCAGUUAGAUCUAAACGAUGAUCCAGCACUCUGGGAAGGGGCAUUGGAUCAAAUCGACAUUGACAUGGACACUGACUGGAUUGAGAAUACUCUAAAGCGAUGA